AUUUGCAGCCAGCCUUAUGUACAAAGUUGCAGGGCCAGCAGUAAGGCUCAGUGGGUAGAGGCCUGCCACCAAGCCUAGCACAGGACCUACACGGCUCAAGGAGAGAACUGACCCUGUGAGUCAUCCUCUGUGGGGGUUGAGGUCCAUUGAGACAGACCCAGUGUUUACCUGGUGCUAAUCACCAGAAUGAGCAUCACUGGGCUAUAGUUGCUGCCCCCCAGGCAGGGGGCAGCUUUGACAGCAGAAUUGCUUUCUAAAACCACACAGCAGGGUGUGAAGUAGGAGGAGUUGACACUUGUGCAAGGUGGGUGGUACUGGGAAGGCCACCUGUCCCCACAGGAAGAGAGAGUGGGGAACCCUUUCCCCCAGGGACCACUGAUCCUGUGCCAGGAUGGAGGUCUGCUGGUCCCUGCUGCUACUGCUGGCCCUGAAAACACUGUGGGCAGCAGGCAACAGAUUUGAGACCCAGAUCAUUGGGGGUCGAGAGGCAGUCCCGCACUCCCGCCCAUACAUGGCCUCUCUACAGAAAGCCAAGUCCCAUGUGUGUGGGGGAGUCCUUGUGCAUCGGAAGUGGGUAUUGACAGCUGCCCACUGCCUGUCUGAGCCGCUACAGAACCUGAAGCUGGUGCUUGGCCUGCACAACCUCCAUGAUCUCCAAGAUCCUGGCCUCACCUUCUACAUCCGGGAAGCCAUUAAACACCCUGGCUACAACCACAAAUAUGAGAACGACCUGGCACUGCUUAAGCUAGAUAGACGAGUGCAGCCCAGCAAGAAUGUCAAACCACUAGCUCUGCCAAGAAAGCCCCGAUCCAAGCCGGCAGAAGGUACCUGGUGCAGCACAGCUGGCUGGGGAAUGACCCACCAGGGUGGGCCCCGGGCCAGGGCCCUGCAGGAGUUGGAUCUGCGUGUGCUGGAUACCCAAAUGUGUAACAACAGCCGCUUCUGGAACGGUGUCCUCAUAGACAGCAUGCUAUGCUUAAAGGCUGGGAGCAAGAGCCAAGCCCCCUGCAAGGGUGACUCUGGAGGGCCCCUGGUGUGUGGCAAAGGCCAGGUGGAUGGGAUCCUGUCUUUCAGCUCCAAAACCUGCACAGACAUCUUCAAGCCACCUGUGGCCACUGCUGUAGCCCCCUACAGCUCCUGGAUCAGGAAGGUCAUUGGUCGCUGGUCACCCCAAUCUUUGGUCUGAUGUCCCAGAUCAUCUGGGACACCAUUCUUGAUAGCGGGGGCUGGGAAGGGACUAGGUGUGCCUCUGAGGACCAAUAAAUCCUGAUAUAUCUGUUGAGUCCA